AUGGAACAUUAUUCAAUUGAUCGUCAUGUUGAUUCAGAUACCAGAUUCUCACGUGGUAUGUGGGAAUUGAAAAAUGGUGUUGGAAUCAAUUGGGCUUUAGAGGGCCUUAAAUCACAAACCAAAUGUGCUGCUAACGAUGAAAUUUAUUCUGUUGCUGCAACCAGAAGAAUUAACUCGAGAGGUGAUACUUUAAACUGUCCAACUAUAUCUACCAAUAUUAGUUCCCCUAGAGAAGGUAUUAUUGGCAUCGAGUCAUAUCAUCAUGUAUCUACUUAUAAGAAAAGUAAGGUCCCUAGUUUCACAAAGUUUGAAGAUAAGGACUUCAAGGCUAAAGUUGUCUCUGAAGACACAGAAGACUUCCAAACAUUACAUUCUGGUGACGAAUUUAGGGCUGUAGUAUCAGCAAAACCUUAUACUAUUGAAUUUAAGGGUAGAGACGAAAAGCUGUUAACAAAAUUAGGGUAUAAAUCAAUUGGAUCAGUUAGAGAUAGUAGAUUCGAUAAGCCUGGAGCAACUGCAGAUAAAGCAACCAACUAUAUGACUGCCCAACUUCAUGUUUCGGUAGGUGAGAAAUUAUUUGGUCUAGGAGAAAGAUUUGGUCCUUUUGUCAAGAAUGGUCAAAGAGUUGAAACCUGGAAUGAAGACGGUGGUACUUCUUCUGAAUGGACUUACAAAUCAAUUCCAUUCUAUCUCUCCAACCGUGGGUAUGGAGUAUUUGUUGACAGUUCUUCUAAUGUUGUAUUUGAGCUUCAAUCUGAAAGAACUACACGUGUUAACAUCACCGUCCAAGGAGAAGGAAUCAGGUUCUACAUUAUCCAUGGUCCUGACCCAAAAACCGUAUUGUCGAGGUAUACUGAACUCACUGGAAAGCCUGCUCUUCCACCAGCUUGGACUUUUGGAUUAUGGUUAACAACCUCAUUUACUACCAACUAUGAUAUCGAUACUGUUAGUUCUUUUAUCCAAGGGAUGAAAGAUAGAGAUAUCCCAUUAACCACCUUCCAUUUCGAUUGUUUUUGGAUGAAGGGAUUCCAAUGGUGUGAUUUUGAAUUUGAUCCAGAGUAUUUUCCAGAUGCUAAGAAAUCCAUUGCAGAUUUAAAGCUGAAAUUUGAUGUCAAGGUAUGUGUUUGGAUUAAUUCAUAUAUUGCUCAAGAAUCGAAGUUAUUCGCUGAAGCCGACGAGAAAGGCUACUUGAUUAGAUACGUUCCAGAAAUUAAUGAUGGUGCCGCUUAUCAAACAGAUUUGUGGCAAGCUGGUAUGGGUAUUGUUGACUUUACAAAUCCCGAUGCAUGUAAAUGGUAUCAAGAGAAGCUUGAACGUUUGAUUGACUUGGGGGUUGAUAGCUUCAAGACUGAUUUUGGUGAACGUAUUCCAUGCAAAGAUGUCCGUUAUCACAAUGGUGCUGAUCCAGUAGGUAUGCACAAUUACUAUACUUUACUUUAUAAUAAAGUUGUUUUUGAAGUUCUUGAAAGGAAGCUAGGUAAAAACCAAGCAUGCCUUUUCGCCAGAAGUGCUACUGUUGGUGGCCAACAGUAUCCAGUUCAUUGGGGUGGUGAUUGUGAAUCAAGUUUUGAAGCAAUGGCAGAAUCUCUUCGUGGUGGUCUUAGUCUUUGUCUUAGUGGAUUUGGUUUUUGGUCGCAUGAUAUUGGUGGGUUUGAAGGUGAUCCAGAUCCUGCAGUUUAUAAAAGAUGGUGUGCUUUUGGUUUGUUAAGUUCUCAUUCCAGACUUCAUGGAAGUGACUCUUAUAGAGUUCCAUGGAAUUUUGAUGACGAGGCCAGCGUGGUGUUGCGUAAAUUUACCAAAUUGAAGAUUUCGUUGAUGCCAUAUUUGUAUAAAUUCGCAAUUGAUGCACACAAGACUGGGGUUCCUGUGAUGAGAGCUCCAUUAUUGGAAUAUCCAAAUGAUCCAAAUGCAGUAGUUGCCGAUACUCAAUAUUUCCUCGGUGAUUCCUUGUUAGUUGCUCCUGUAUUUACUGGUGAUGAUGGGAAUGUUAGCUACUAUGUCCCCAAGGGAGAUUGGUAUGGAUUCUUAGAUGGUCAAGUUAGAAAUUCUCCCUCUGGUGAAUGGUUUGAAGAAGUACAUGAUUACAAAUCGUUACCGUUAUUGGUUAAACCUAAUUCCAUAAUAGUCACUGCAGGUCCAUUUUCCAACCACAAGAGUCCAGUCUAUGAGUGGAAUAAAGAGUUUAUGCUUAACAUCUACGAUAUUUCUGACGUUGGUACUAUGACUCAGAUUCCUGAUCCAAACAAAAAUGGUGAAUUUGCUUGUACUGUUUUUGCAACCAAAAUUAGUGAACAUGAGAUUGAAAUUAAAAUCGACGGUAAUUUCAAUAAGCCUUAUUAUGUUAAGUUGUUAGAUAGCAGUGAUAAGGAUUUGGGUGUCGUCAACGGACAAGCUAAAUGCCUGGGAAGAGAUGAGCUUGGUAACUGCAUUGUCGAAGUUGUCGGAGACCACGUCAUUAUUAAAUCAUUAUUCAACUAG